AUGGCUUCAAAAGAUGCUCAGUUUCGAGACAGAUUUUUUGAUUCUAGAUAUAAGGUGGAGAAGACUAACAAAACAUCAGCAGAAAAGUUGAACGAAUUAAAAGCCAAGCUAGAAUCUUCAUUUAAAUCCCCAAAAAACAAUAUAGACACUUCAUGAAAAGCAUUUCGCAGUGAAAUCCGCACACAGUCAACUACUAGCUUUACUAUGCCUUCUUUUUCUCAUUAUCAAGACAUUUCUAACUUCCGUCCUACAACGCCUAAUAAGAGCUCAAUUUUAUCGCAGCCGGGCAGAAUAAGACACCAAACAGAAUUAUUUAAGCAAUUUUCUCCUUCAAGGACACCUAGUCCUUUGAUACAGUCUCCAAGCGCGAAUAAAUUAAUCUUUUCAGCAAAUAAGAGAAAAAUCCAGGAAACAGUCACCCAAGAUGACUUGAGGAAAGCACUGGAAAUUUUAGAAGAAAUGAAUGAAAUGGACUGCAGUCAAAUGAGUGCAGGGUAUAAGCAAACUCUGAUUAAAUUUUGUAAUCAAGUUUUGAGCAAACUGAGGUCAAGAGGCUUUUAA